GGGAAAGAAAAAGGGAAAGACAAGGGAAAGGGGGAAAAAGGGGAAAGAAAAAGGGAAAGGGGAAAAAUGAAAGGGGAAAAAGGGAAAGGGGAACGAAAGGAAAAAACCCGGAAAGAAAAAGGGAAAGGGGAAAAAAUGAAGGAGACAAAACAUGGGAAAGGGGACAGGAAGGAGACAGGAAAAGAAGGAGACAAAAAGGGGGACAUUAAGGAAAAA